UGGGUUCUUGUAGGAUCUCCGAUCUGCUCUCAGUCUGCGUUUUAAUCUUCGGCAGAUUCUCUCCAGAUUGGUUUCUAUUGAAUUGUGAACAAUGUUUCCUAUGCUGGGCUACAACAAAAUGGCUGAUGAGAACCAAUCACUGGAGAGCCUUCCUCUUACCCAUAAUGCUGAGUGUUGGAGGAGGCUCACCGAUCCUACAGAAGUGAGUGAGAGCUAUGGAGGAGAAUAGUAACCCCCUCACUGAGCAGAUCCUGCAGCUCACCCUGGAGAUCCUCUACCUGCUGACCGGAGAGGGUUAUACGGUUGUGAAAAUGAUAUCUGAGAAUGGACAAAACCCUUGUAUGGUUCCUUCACUCUCUUCCCUAAUAUCUGAUAGAAAUAGCGAAAAAAAGAUUCUAGAAGUCACAAAGAAGAUCGUUGAUCUGCUGACAAGAGAGGUUCCUAUAAGGUGUCAGGAUGUCACUGUCUAUUUCUCCAUGGAGGAGUGGGAGUAUAUAGAAGGACACAAGGAUCUCUACAAGGAUGUCAUGAUGGAGAACCAACUCCCCGUCACACUUCCAGAUGGAUCCAGUAACAGAAAACCACUGUGUUCUGCGCAAGAAGAUCUCAGCAUUUCUCACCAUGGUCAGGGCGGAAGAAAUUUUAAUAUUAAAAAAGAGAUAAAAGAAGAAGAGGAGGAUGGAUUAAUUGAGAAUUAUUUAGAAGGACACAAGGCUCUCUACAAGGACACCAUGAUGGAGAAUCAGCCGCCAUUAACAUCACCAGGGGAAAGAAGUGAUUGA